AUGGCAGACGUGGCAAUGCAUCUUGUGAGGGAGGCAGCGAGGGCAGCAGCGCUCAAGGCGGGAGUGGUGAGCCUCAUCGGCAACUCGCCUGAAGGCCUCUCGCUCUGGGUCGCCUCCAGCUCCACGCCUCUAGUGAAUGCCAUGGAGCCGCUAUGCAAGGGCAUUCACCGCCUGCUCGUGCGCUGCCCCAUCGCCCCCGCUGAUACCAACCCCCCACACGUGCCCUCCUCUGCCGCUCCUCCCACUGCCAUGACCCUCGGCCACACCACGCCUGAGGCACCUGAGACAGAGAAACACCGGCAGAAGGAGCCGCAGAAAGAGCAGAAGCAACAGCACAAGCAGCAUCAGGAGAAGCAGGAACAACAGCGGAAGCACGGCCGGCAACAGGAGCAGAAUCAGAAGCAUCAACCCUUAGCUCUCAAUCACUCCUACCACUUUGUCUCCCAGACUGACGUGGCAGCCUUCCUGCUGCUCCACGUGGACGCCCUGGGUGACGUGGCACAGCGCACUGUGGAGCAGCUAGGCCUCGCGGACCCGCUCUUCCCGCCCCUCGCUAUAGUGUCGGGCAUUACAGUCACUGACGCGCUGCGCCUCAUGCAGCGCGCGGGCGGCGUGAGAGCGGUGGCGGUGGUGGCGGGGAGUGCGGAGGAGGAGGAGCGGAUGGAAGAGGGCGAGGGGUCUGUGUCGGAUCUCAGAGGCAUGGACGCGGAGACCCUAGCACAGCUCACCUCCAUGAAGGUGCGGGACUUCCUGGCUCACAUGGCGUCGCUCACCCCUGAAGGUCGCUGCCCAUCCAUCACGUGCCGCAUGGCGGCGCCUCUGGCGGAGGUGAUGGCGCUGGCGUCGCUGGUCCUGCCCUGCUGCACCUGUUUUGCACAUCUGCCUCUUUCUUCGUUCUUUGCUACUGCUGUCACCUGCGCUGUUAGCAUGCCAUUCCGCGAGGCCUUUGCGUUUGCCACCAUCCCGCUCUUCGACUCAGCCGGAGGCACCACCGGCUUCGGGAGCAGCAGCACAGGGGCCGGCACACCAGGGGUGCUGGGCGGGGCAGCAGGGGGAGGGGCAGGGGAGGGCACAGGGAGCCCUGGGACGCCGGGGUCUAGCAGUGGGGCGCUGGGGGAAGGGGGGGCUGCGCCCUGGUAUGAGCCUGGGGGGGCCUCUGCUGGUGGACAUCCCAUGUCUGCAGCGCGUGAAGGAGUGCUACACUGA